UACCACAAAAUAUGCCUCCAAAAAUGACAUCACAACGAAAGAUGAUAGUAAGAGAAGACUCUUCCGAAGAUCUAGAAACAACCACAAUCCAUAUAAGCUCCACUAAGAGAAAGAGGUCACUUAGGAAAAAAACAUUUGACACAGAGCAAUUAACACCACUCAUUAGCUUUUAUCAUACAUUGGCGAAAACACCCACUCAAACUUCAUCUACUCCAAUGGUAGAUUCACCACCAGCCAAUACUAGGGGAUCUCACAAAAGGGUGCUUGGGAAAACACAUAAAACUCCUAUAGAAGAUAAUCAUGGGUCAUUAGUGGCAACAUGAAAGUCACCUCGCCUACAAUCAUUAGGGGCACAAGAUCUUGGAAGCUCAUCAAAGUCUAUUGUUGAUAACUGUGUUGUUGACCACAUAGAAGAACGUACAAAAAAGAGAACAAGAGGUCCAACUAAAAUGAAGUCUAUUGCAACUGAUAGUGAUGGUCGUUUGGAAGUGAAGUUUAAUUCCAAAGGACAACCAAUUGGUACAACAUCGAUAAAAUUAUCUUCUUUUUUAGGAGCACUUGUGAGAGAAAUUGUGCCAAUAACAAUAACUGAUUGGAGGAAGAUCACUCCAGGAAUGAAAGAAGUUUUAUGGAAAUCUAUACAGGUAAGAUAUAAGGUUGACAAAGAAUGGCAAAAGUACUAUGUCUUUAGAACAAUGGCAGAUCUUUGGAGAGCUUCGAAAUCAAGAUUGGUUUCUAAACUUAGGAAGGCACCCAAUGAAGAAGCAAGAAUGAACCUGAAACCUGAUAACAUCAACUCAGAAAUUGAGUGGAAAAGUUAUGUUAGAGAAAAAACUAGUGCUGAGUAUAAAGCAUUUGUUUGA